AUGAGUUCAUCUCCAAUUACCCAAGUACCUGAUCACCCAUCUCAUCAGGAUUCAAAUUCAUUGCAAAAAGGAAAUGCAAUUCCAACUCAUCUCAAACUUCUACUGAGAGGUGUUCCGAUGUACGUUAAGCGAGACAGCCUGGUGUCUCUUCCCGAGAGUUUACUAGUCGCCAUUUUUCCAAACGGCUUUGUCCUGACAGCUGAUAAAAAUCCAGCCCCUACAGACACUAGCGGACUGGUUGGUGAAUCUGAUUUUGAUCCAAAAUGCUUUUCGUACAUCCUUGAAUUCUUCAGCGAGGCAGCCGAGACGUUUGCCAAAGAAAACCAAGACCAUUCUUGGGAAGCAUUCAGUGCUGGUCUCGUGGGAGCUUACUCUAGACAGUUUGAUUCGGCCCGAUACUCGUUACUUACAAAACAGGCUAUUGUUGUUUUGCGCGAAGAACUCGAAUACUUUAUUCUUCCUCAGGAUAAGUCUAAUCCAUUGACCAGCACAGCAGACAUAAUCACAUUGAAACAACUUAAACAAACAGCUGGACAACUUCUCAAGGCAGAUGAUCUCGUGUUUCAUUCAAUGUUACAAAACGUUAAGAGGGGGAACAAUAUAGUAGAAAGGGAACUGGUAGAUAUGUUGUGCGAUUGUGGGUUCACUCGUUUGGACAGGUGGUUUUAUCGAGAACUUGAAUCGAAAAAGACAUUCAUCACAAGUGUGUCUCUGGUCAAGCUUAAGGUUGAAGACAAAGAUAAUAUUAUGGAGUCUGCAAAAAAGUUAAUGGUCUUUUGGAAGAAGCCUGCGAGGAAGUGCUGGUGGGACUAUACUCUAACAAAACUAGAUAACAUUCAAGUCAGACUGUGGGUACGCCGUACAUGGAUCCUUGAGCUUUCCUUUGUUUAA